AUGGCCUCUACAGCUAGUGAAUUUACCUUGAUCAAGCAAGUCCUCCAAGACUUAAACAUCGAAUGCAAUGGAUCUAUAAAGAUGUAUUACGACAAUCAGGCAGCACGUCAUAUUGCAUCCAAUCCAGUGUUUCAUGAACGUACCAAACACAUUGAAGUGGACUGUCACUUCAUCAGAGAGAAAGUACAAUCAAGGGAAAUUGAAACACCAUUCGUUAGAAGCCAUGAUCAGCUGGCCGAUAUCUUUAACAAAGCCCUUAAUAAAAAUAGUCCCCAAACAAUUCUCAGCAAGAUGGAUUCGAUCAACCUCUACGAACCCAUCUUGAGGGGGAGUGUUAAAGACGGUAAACUAAAGGAAGUAGUAAAGGAAGCCUCAGACAUUGCACAGGCAGAAAAGCCUGUGCAGGGCUACUCAUCACAGGUAACAGGAAAAGGGAGCAACCAGCCCUCCUUGACUCCGGAUACAGCCACUUUCGUCGUCUUCUUGUCCAGGGAGCAACUUCUCUCUGUUUUUCAUCCUGUUGUUGAUGUUGAUAUUGUCUUUGAAGAGUUCCUUGACGCACAACAACAGUUACUAAUGAGGAUGAUGUUGGAUUUGCUGAUGAUGAUGGAUGGUGAGGAUGUGAACGAACCCAGAAGAGGCGUGUCGAGAUCGACCCUUAAGAAGCUGAAGAAGGAGAGGUUUAGUGCGGCGGCGGCGGAGGGUUGUGGAAUAUCCAGUGAUUGUGCUAUCUGUUUGGAGGAAUUCGGUGGUGAAGUUAAGCUCAUCAAGAUGCCCUGUCCCCAUAUUUUUCAUAAAAAGUGCAUCUUUGGCUGGCUAAAGAAUCAAAAGACUCACCCUAUGUGUCGACGUGAAGUCGAUAAUUGA